AUGCCGGCGAGCGGCGAGACCGCCAUAGGCAUCGAUUUAGGCACAACGUACAGCUGCGUGGGCGUGUGGCAGCAUGACCGGGUUGAGAUUAUAGCGAAUGACCAGGGAAACCGCACCACGCCCUCGUUUGUAGCAUUCACUGACACGGAGCGGCUGAUUGGCGACGCUGCUAAGAACCAAGUGGCCAUGAAUCCCACCAACACGGUGUUUGAUGCCAAGCGGCUCAUUGGGCGGCGUUUUUCAGACCCUACUGUGCAAGCCGACAUGAAGCAUUGGCCCUUCAAGGUCUUUUCCGGCCCAGGAGACAAACCCAUGAUCGAAGUGCAAUACAAGGGGGAGCGCAAGCAGUUCGCACCCGAGGAAGUUUCCUCGAUGGUUCUCACCAAGAUGAAGGAAAUCGCCGAGACGUUUCUCGGGAAGAAGAUUAAAGACGCGGUGGUGACUGUCCCGGCUUAUUUCAACGACUCGCAGCGGCAGGCGACGAAGGACGCGGGCGUUAUAGCGGGGCUGAAUGUAAUGAGGAUAAUCAACGAGCCGACGGCUGCGGCUAUCGCUUAUGGGUUGGAUAAGAAGGCGAGCCGCAAGGGCGAGAAUAAUGUGCUGAUCUUCGACCUGGGCGGCGGGACGUUUGAUGUGUCGAUUCUGAGCAUUGAGGAGGGGAUUUUCGAGGUGAAGGCGACGGCGGGGGAUACGCAUCUGGGAGGGGAGGAUUUUGACAACCGGCUUGUCAGCUUUUUCGUUCAGGAGUUCAAGCGCAAGCACAAGAAGGACAUGAGCAGCAACCCCCGCGCCAUUCGCCGCUUGAAAACCACAUGCGAGAGGGCCAAGCGCACGCUCUCCUCCACUGCUCAGACGACUAUCGAGAUCGAUUCUCUCUACGAGGGGAUCGACUUCUACAGCACGAUCACGCGUGCACGAUUUGAGGAGCUGAAUAUGGACCUGUUCAGGAAGAGCAUGGAGCCAGUGGAGAAAUGCCUUGCAGACGCCAAGCUCAGCAAGUCCCAAAUUCACGACGUCGUUUUAGUCGGCGGCUCCACGCGAAUUCCCAAGGUGCAGCAGCUGCUGCAAGACCUCUUCCACGGGAAGGACCUCUGCAAGAGCAUCAACCCCGACGAGGCCGUCGCAUACGGCGCAGCCGUGCAAGCAGCCAUUCUCACUGGCCAAGGCAGUGAGCGUGUGCAAGACCUGCUUCUGCUGGAUGUGACCCCGCUGUCGCUCGGUCUGGAGACGGCCGGAGGGGUUAUGACGGUGCUGAUCCCCCGGAAUACCACAAUUCCGACCAAGAAAGAGCAGGUUUUCUCAACGUUUUCGGAUAACCAGCCGGGGGUGCUGAUUCAGGUGUAUGAAGGAGAGCGCGCGCGGACCAAGGACAACAAUCUCCUCGGGAAAUUCGAGCUUUCGGGGAUUCCUCCGGCACCGCGCGGGAUCCCGCAGAUUAAUGUGACUUUUGAUAUUGACGCGAACGGGAUUUUGAAUGUUAGUGCGGAGGAUAAGACGACGGGGCACAAGAAUAAGAUUACGAUCACGAAUGAUAAGGGGAGGCUGAGCAAGGAGGAUAUAGAGCGGUUGGUGCAGGAAGCAGAGCGGUACAAGGAGGAGGACGAGCAGGUGAAGAAGAAGGUGGAGGCAAAGAAUGCGCUUGAGAAUUACACGUACAACAUCCGGAACACCAUCCGGGAUGAGAACGUGGGCUCCAAGCUCCCAGCAGGGGACAAGAAGAAGGUGGAGGAUGCGGUUACCAGCACCGUCGAGUGGCUGGACCACAACCAGCUGGCGGAAGUGGAUGAAUUUGAGGACAAGCAGAAGGAACUGGAAGGGAUGUGCUCGCCCAUCUUCUCCCGCAUGUAUCAGCAGGGUGGUGGAGGGCCUGCUGGUGGUGGUGGGAUGGGUGGAGAUGACCCCAUGGGUGGUGCUGGUGGUGCUGCUGGUGGUGAGAAGGGUCCUAAGAUCGAGGAGGUUGACUAG